CGAAACUGGAGAGCAAACUGUCAAUAUCGCGCCCGAAGCCUUCUCAGUUGCUUCAGCUGCAUUCCCAGACCAGAUUCAAUUCUGGCAAAAUGCGCUACCUCCUGCGUUGAAGGGGAAACUCCAGUCGCUUAACGGUGCCCGGGUACUCGCUAUUGAUGGGCAGGAACCGUUCGUUGCAGUUAACGCAAAUGCUGCGAUCACUGGCAGCUUCCAAGGGUUUGGGACGCGUCAAAACGCAUUUUUCUCCGGUUAUCAGCUCUCCAAUCAAACCUACAACUAUCUGCUGGGCAACUUCGCUCAGCAGAGCCUUCCUCUCAGUGACUCUGUUAUGUUAGAUGUCGUCCGUCUGAACAGCACCAAACUAGAGCAGAUCACGUUCCCAUACCGCGCACGCAUGAACACUGCUCGAAACUUCAUCGAUGGUGCAUCUUACCGGUCCAUCAAUUGUUCUCCUACCAACAACACCAAUGGGGUGGAUAUAUACGCUACAGGUGCAUCGUUCCAGAAAGCACCGUCAAAGCCUCAGAAGUUGGUUAAUGUCAUCUUGGACGCAACACCCGUGAGCGACGUGGUGCUUCCUCCAGAACUUCAACCCCCUUCUGCACCUCUCGACGGGAGCUUUAAGGAUGGAGCUUUCUUUGAUCUAGACGAUGGGAAAACUAGCGUUUUGGCAUUGGGAAGUUUCGGGACCGAGGAGAACGAUUUCGAGGUCAUGCAGACCGAACUGCUCAAAGGCUUAACUGAAAUGAAGGCUCGUGGAAAGACACAGCUUAUCAUUGAUGUAUCGAACAAUGGCGGAGGUUUUAGAUGUUUAGCUGCCUGGCUGCAUCGCAUAAUCGCAGGUCCGAAGAAUACUACCGUUCCGCAGGCUGGUAUCGAUACCAAAGCUCGAAACUCCCCUUUCGCUCGCGCCAUAGUCAACGAAAUCAUCAGUAAUGACCGUGACCCAGAACAGCAGUUGCUGUACAACCCACUACAAUGGACGAAUGCAAGCAACCAGCCGUUUGGUGCCAAAGAAAACUGGCUGCUCCCACCGGUCAACGUCACUAUCAACGGCCGCCCAGAUCAGUUCUCGCAAAGACUUGGCGUAGAAUGCCCACCUUUCUCCAGCCCCCCUCCCGAGUCUGCCUUGUUUGAUACCCGCAAGGUUGUCAUCGUUUCGAAUGCGCGAUGUGCAAGUUCCUGUUCCAUGCUCAGCAUCACGAUGAAGGUACUCGAAGGUGCAAAAACUGUGGUUGUCGGCGGAAAGAAGGACGUUCAGCAGCAGUACUGUGGGACCGUUGGAGGACAGUCGACUGACUUCGCUACGAUUGAUACUGAGAUCAAGACUGUUCACCUCAAAAACGAUUCAGCCGCUCCUCCUGACUUGAAACUUCCAGGUAUGCAGGGUAUCACCUGGCGACUCGCUUUCGCUCUCGAUGGCAGCGGAGAACCCGAGGAAUGGAAGGACCACUCCGCUGAUGCGCAGCUCCUUCUUACCCGUGCACUGGUCAACAAUCCAAACGCGAUCUGGAAGGAAGUCGCCAAGCGUUUCUUUGCCUGAGCGUGAUCUGCGGGUCGUUUGCAUUCUUUA